UAUAUCUAUAUCAGUGUAGAGAUUGAAGCACAGGAAUCGAUAUACGGUAUCGAUUGAAAUUACGAUAAAAAAGGUUUCUGUGAUAACACUUAUCUUCAUCAAUUCAUAUUAGUAUCGGCGAGACAUAGUUAGUAAUUCACGUAUAUUUGAUCACCCCGGGAUUUUUGUGUAAUUCUUGUAUUAACAAAAAAUAAACCAUGGAAAUAACAAUGAAAGUGGUAAACUGCAGUAAUGUAAGAAUGUCGUAAAAAAUGGUGCAUUCGGGCAAAAAGGUAAAAGAAGCCAUUGGCAGAUUUUAAUUUCUAAAGGACGUUGCUAUUUAAUGAUGUUUUACAAAGCUGCAACUUAAUUUAUCAAAGCAAAUAAAUUAUAGUAGACCAUUAAAUUAAAGGAAGAAAGACAUUCUGCUAUCUAAAAAUGAUACCCAAACAUUAUUUACUUUAUUCUCUGGGAGGUUUUGCAAUAUUUUUUAUGUUCAUAAUGUGGACUACUUCAGACUACCGAAAUCAAGCUAUAUCAUUGAAGACAUCAUUAGAUUUCAAACCGGUCUAUAAUAAUAUUUUAAAUAACAAUUUUGAACUUGCAAAUAAAAAUACAGGAAUUGUAAACAACGAUUCAGAAAUUGUAAAUAAUAAUGCAGAAAAUGUAACCAGUACUGAUAUUGUAAUAAAAGAAACAACUAGACCGCCAGAGCUCACUACAACACCCAAAAAAGAUCCGAUGAAGUAUAUACUCAUCUGGACGCUUCCACGUAGAGAUCCACUCAUGUACUUGGGCGAAGGUCAAGGUGUAUUUAUCAGGAAGAAAUGUCCAGUAAACAACUGUUAUGUGACGACAAACCAUUCUUUCAAAAAAUUAACUGAUUUCGAUGUUUUACUGUUCAAUCUUAAGGAAUUCAAUGAUAAACCCAAGCCGAACUUGCCGCCUGAACGUUCUCCGCACCAAAUAUACGUAUUUGAAAGCAUUGAAUCUUCUGACUACUACCCGCUAUGUGCUAGUUGGUUCGACAAUUAUUUCAAUUUAACAUGGACGUACAAACUAGAUUCCGAUAUAUAUUACGGGUACAUGAUUAUUAGGAAUAAACAAGGCGAAAUCAUUGGACCGAAUGCAGUAAUGCAUUGGGAGAAUUUAGAAAACAUGGAUCCCAUAGACGAUAAAAUCAAAGAAAAACUUAAGAAUAAGAAUAAAGCCGCUGCGUGGAUUGUGUCGAACUGCAACGCUCCGAGUGGCAGAGAUCAAUUUGUGAGACAAGUUCAAAACGAACUCAAGCAAUAUGGACUGAUUGUCGACAUUUACGGCAAUUGUGGAACAAUAAAAUGUGCAAGAAAUAUCAUGCCCAAAUGUUUGGAGACGGUUGAAAGAGAGUAUUAUUUUUACUUCUCAUUUGAGAACUCUUUCGCUGACGACUAUGUCACAGAGAAAUUGUUAUCUGCUCUUAACCAUUAUACUGUGCCUGUUGUAUUUGGCACGGCUAACUAUACACGGUUUAUGCCAGACGGCAUAUAUUUGAAUGCUAAGGAGUUAGGCGCUCAGGAGCUGGCCAAACAGAUGUCGGAAAUCAUAAACGAUAAGGAAAGAUAUUACAAUUUCUUCAAAUGGCAUAAUCACUAUUCUUACCACGAGCUUGAAGAAGUGCCAGAAACCGAUUUCCAUUGCAAACUGUGUGAGAAAGUCAAUUCUAAAGAAGUGACGGAAGGUGUCAAUAUCCACGAACAUAUAAGGGAAUGGUGGAAUCCUAAGAAAAUAAGGCCAGGAGGUUGCGCUUACGGCAUGUUGCCUUAAAUAUUCACGUGAAAGGACUGAUUGAAAUCUUAAUGUUCGAGCUAUUAUGUUUAGGGUAAUGUUAUAGUUAAUCUAAGUAUGUAGACGGACAAAUGACCCAUGAAGUGAAGUCUCUACUGUGUAUAUAAGUUUGUGUUGAUAAUGAAAUGGAACUAUUGAGUAUUAGUUUAUAUUUCCAGUGGUUUAUUAAGCAUUGUUUAUUAAUUUAUUUAUUUAUUUAGGGACCUUCAACGAAGGAUACACGGCAUAUAAUAAAAACUAUGUCGUAGCAUUUUCACAAUUAACAAUGUGACGUGCUUCUUCAAUUAAGUAUAGGAUAGGAUUAUAGGAUUGUUAGAUAUUAUUUAGGUACAGAGACAAAAACAUCUAAACAAAUUUAAAAUUUCAAUUCUCUAUCGACGUGGACCAGAAUGCCUCGUCAUUAUGUUCAUACGGGGCAUCUGUAAUGUUCUUCCGAGAAUUGCACGCGUGAGACGCGGAAUUUGCUCCGUCUAUUUGAGGCUUUAUGGUGAAAAGUUCUUCUCAUAACUUAAUACAGAUUUUUGUACUUAGACUGUGGCAAAAAGACACCAGAACUCCGUGUCGUUUUAUUGGAAUUAGUUAAAAGAUUAACACGUGAGUGACGCAAUGGUCUCUCAGUCAAUCACAAACAUCAAAAUUCAAGAAUAUCGACUUACGAUUCGCGUUUCUUUGGACAUUCUAAGGGGUAAAAGUGAACCGAGAUCUAAGAUCGAUGUCUGCUCUUAGGAAUAACAUGAUCUUACGUGUAGUGUAUGUAAAUAUUAAUAUGUAUUAAUUUUAUUACUUUUUAUGCAGUCAAUAAUUUUUUUAAAA